AUGCCACCGCCGCCUUUGAUUUCUUUGGAUGUUGAAGGUGUAUUUUUUAAAACUAGAAUUGCCACAUUGAAGUCUAUUGAAGGUACCUAUUUCACUAAAUUAUUUGAGACGAAUUGGAGAGAACAGUUGGAUAGGGAUGGAAGACUCUUCAUCGACCGUGAUUCUUCUGUUUUCCCUGUCAUCCUGAACUUUCUCAGGGAUCAUGACAAAUGUCCGCUACCGAAGGAUGAGUAUCAGCUGAUGAGAAUUCUUCGGGAAGCUGUGUACUUCAAAAUUGGACCACUACGAAACCUAAUUGAGCACAAACUACGAGCAUCUCCAUCAUGCACCUGUCCUCCAGAACUUCCAUCAACCCCAAUUCCAACACAGAAAGAGAAUAUUCCAUUGCCUAGAAGCGUUCUUCUUUCAAAACCUCCUCCACCACCGCCACCUCUUCCAUCACUGAUUCAACCAAAGGAUACUGUACAGAUCCCGUUGAGAAAGCCACCGGUGGAUAGAAGCUCGAAAAAGCUGAAAACGUCGGCGGAUUCUAUUAGCCUUCCCAGGAAUUUCACGCAUAUCGCUCAUGUUGGAUGGAAUGGUGCUUCUGUGCUUUUCGACAAGAAAAUGACUGAUGAUCCGACGGUCAAGAAGAUUUGUGAUGCCGCUGCAGAAGCUGUUGACUUGAAUAGCAGCUCGAAUUGCAUCGAAAAUGAGUAA